AUGGUGCUGACUCAGGUCGAGGCAGGCACCAAGAGCCACACCCGAAGGCCUUUCGCGGGGCCCCUGUGGCCGCAGCCCCCCCAGGGGCGCGCCCUCCGCGUGGGGUCCCGGCUCGCGUCCGCGGCCUCCAGCAAGGAGCUCCUCAUGAAGCUGCGGCGGAAAACGGGGUACUCCUUCGUGAACUGCAAGAAAGCGCUGGAAACUUGCGGCGAGGAUCUGCAGCAGGCAGAGAAUUGGCUGCACAAGCAGGCCCAGAAGGAGGGCUGGAGUAAGGUGGCCAAGCUCCAUGGGAGGAAGACUAAGGAGGGGCUGAUUGGGCUGCUGCAGGAAGGAAACACAGCUGUGUUAGUAGAGGUAAACUGUGAGACAGAUUUUGUUUCCAAGAAUUUAAAAUUCCAACAGUUAGUCCAGCAAGUAGCCCUUGGAACUAUGUUGUACUGUCAGAACCUCAAGGAUCAACUCUGCACAUACAGGAAGGGCUUCUUGAAUUCCUCUGAGCUCUCUGAUCUUCCUACUGGGCCUGAGAGAGAAGGAUCUCUCAAGGAUCAGCUGGCUUUAGCAAUUGGGAAAUUGGGAGAAAACAUGACUCUUAAACGCGCCGCAUGGGUGAAGGCGCCCGCCGGAUUCUAUGUCGGGUCUUACAUCCACGGAGCGACGCAGAGCCCCUCGCUGCACAACCUGGUGCUGGGCAAGUAUGGGGCUCUCGUCGUCUGCGAGAUGUCCGGGCGGACAGCAGACCUCGAGGCCGUGGGCCGCCGCCUGGGGCAGCACGUGGUGGGCAUGGCCCCGCUCUCCGUGGGCUCCCUGGACGACACGCCCGGGGGAGAGGCGGAGACCAAGAUGCUCGCCCAGCCCUACUUGCUGGACCCCUCCAUCAAGCUGGGGCAGUUCGUGCGGCCCCAGGGCCUCUCCGUCGUGGACUUCGUGUGCUUUGAGUGUGGGGAAGGCGAGGACACGGCCGAGGCCGAGUAGCUUCCGGAGACGCCCGGCCUGGGAGGAGACGUCUCUUCACUCUGGAUGUCAUUCCACAAAGAGUUUCCUGGGCCUCUUCAGACCCAGGAUAUUUCACUUGGUGCUCAUAAUAAAAUUACGUUCUCUGUGGUUAAAAAAAAAAGUGAAAGCCCAGGACAAGAAGAAUCAAACCCUUAAAGAAGAAACAAUGCCCAUCUUGCUCAAGUAGUAUCUGAAAAUAGAAGAGGGACUGUUUCCUAAUAAUACAGCUUACAAUGCUAACGUUGCCCUAGUGCCAAAACCAGGCAAAGCACAAGAAAGAUGUAGACCAGUAUCCCUGAGAACCAUCAACCAAAACUCCAGCUUCAAAAAGAAAUACCUGAGAAGCAAACGAAAGUGGUAAUGAACUAAACAGUGAUUAGGGCACUAGAUAGUGACAUAGAAAGCACAUCCUGUGCUUGUGGAUGGGAAGAAUCAAUGUCAUCAAAAUAACUCCUGCGUAAAAUGGUACACAAUCCACAUCAAAAUACCAGCAGUGUUUUUCAAAGUACUGAAAAAAAAAAUGGCACAAAGGGCCUCAAAUUAUUGCAAAGGUAAUCCUGAAACAAAAGGCUAGAAGUAGUGUUGUUUAACUUGAAACUACUCUAAAGACGCAGACUGAAAACAAGGCAGUGUUGGCCCAAACACAUACAAGGAUCAGUGGAAUAGAAUCAAAACCCAGAAAUAAAUCCAUAGACAUAGCACCUAAUCUAUGAUGAAGCAGCUCUGAUCACACCCUGGGGUGAGGACAGUUACUUUAAUAAAUGGUGCUGGGAAAAUUGGAAAGCCACACCCAAAAGAAGGAAUUUGAACCCCUGUAACUCCGUACACAAACUCCAAAUGAAUUGAAGGCUUAGAUAUAAGACCUACAGCAAUAAAAUAAAUGGCUGGUAACGUGUUCCAUGAUGUCAGUGAUAAAGAUCAUUUUGGAGAUUUGAGCCCUAAAGCAAGGAAAUAAAAAUGGCUGGGAUUACCUCACGUUAAAAAAAGCUUUUACAGGGCCUCCCUGGUGGCGCUGGUGGUUGAGCGCAGCGCUGUGAAGCUGUCCACAGCCUCUGCAGUGCCAGUUCGAUCCCAGCCGGCCAUGGAGAUACCCACAUGGCGAGCAGACCUCUGCUGUCUCGCCCACUGCUCCCCUCAGCAGUGUAUUUCAGUCAGUCUGUCUGUUCUGUUCCCCACUCUGUCUCUGGUGAAUCCUCUCACCCUCCUGCACCUCUGGCCUGUAUCCCAGUUCUUGUAUAAAUAAAAUCUUUUUAAAAAAUUCUUUUACACAGUGAAAGAAAAUACAAGUUUUAAAACCCUAUUAAGUGGGGUGAAAUAGUCACACAGUAUAUAACUGAUAAGCAUCAGUAUCCAAGAUAUCUAAACACAACUCAACACUAAGUGACCACACUACUCAAAAAAUGGGCAGUUGGUAUGGACAGUUCACCAAAGAGGAUUUCCAGAAGGCAGGUAGACAUGAAAAAAGUUCAUCUCUUCCAGUUAGAGAAAUGCAGGUUAAAACCAGUGACACCAUAUAACACCUGUGAGAAGGGCACAAAUUAAAAACACCUCCACAGCAAGUGCUGGAGAAGAUGCAGGGAAAGCAAAGCCUGUGAUGCUGGCGGUGGGAGUAGGGACUGAUGCAGCCCUCAGUAGGAUGCUGUUCAGCCUUGAGCAAAGAUGGAAUUCAGCCACUUGGGGGGAGUCAGAAUUAUGUGCAGUAAAGCAAGUCAGGAUAAUAAAAAUACUGGAUAUUUACAUAGGAUAAAAUGCUUAUUAAAAACUAGAGAAUGUAAAUAUACACUGAGGGAUCUGAGGCUGAG